AUGGCCAAGAAGAUCCGUCAGCGGAUGCGGGUCGACGUGGAUAGCAGUGAUUCCGACACUGAGAAGCCCUCUGUGCCCAUGGAGAAGGUUGUCCACGUCGCCAGCCAUUCGGACGAGCAGGGUGGAUUCCACGUUAGGCAGUCGGAAUUCGCAGUCCCCGCCUCGCCAACCAAGCCAACACGCGCUGAUACCAGCACCGUUCCGGGUGGUGUGGCGCCCACGGUCGACACCACGGACGCUGAAGCUUUGGCCUUCCCUUUUGCUGCCGAAGCAGAGUUCGACUUUGAUGUGGGACAUCCAACCGCAGAGGCGUCAGAGGACGAGGAUCCGAAGGCGGACAGCAAUCCAGGUGCAAAGAAGGGGCGCCAGAAAGGGCAGACGUGGGAUUCGGAUGAUCCAAUGCGCGUAUGGAGGCAAUCAUACCGCGACCUAUAUCUCCAAGAGAUGCUGCGGCUGAAGGGAAGGGGAGAUUACGUGAAUCAGACAGUCUGUCCGCACAAGGAUAACCCUCUGCACCGUCCUGAGAACUGGAACGGUUUCUACUUCGAGAAUGUCACGCUCAAGGCGCUGGGUCUGCGCAUCCAGCUCGGGCAUGGUCGCCAAAGUACCUGUCGUGGGACGACAACAAAGCUGGCCGCAGCGCAACAGGCAGAGGAAACGCAUGGGCUGGAUGGGACGACUAUGAAGAAGAAGACCCGCGAAAACUUCUGUAUCGUCGAUAUCAACGGGGUACAUGAGGUGGCCCUUGACUUCUGCUCUUGCCAUCAGCAGGAAGACCAUGUUAUCCAACUCCUUCGCGCGCAACUCUACCCCGCCACGACGUCUCAACCCACCUCCGCGGCCACAUUCCGCGUCCUCCGCAAGUUCCACCUGCUAUCCCUGGAAGCCAAGUGUUCGGCAUACCAUUUCUACAACAGCUUGGCUCGCGAGACGGAUAACACGGGGACAUUUCAGCCACGGGACCGAUACGAGGCCUUUCGUCGGAUGGCGCGUCAGUGGAAGCAUCUGCAGAUGCUGAAGAGAGCAGGGGUCGGACAUAGUGGCAAGCCCGUCGCAGCGACUGCUCCUGGAUCUUGCGCCGUUCUUUGCCCCGCAUGUCCGCAGCCAGGCAAGAAUCUGCCUCUGAUGGGAGCAUGGUGCUCGGAUGCCCUGCCUAGGGAGAAGCGGCAUCUGUAUGCCCUUUUCAUGGCCAUCGACGCGAACUUCAGGAUGAAGAGGAAGAUCGUGUCUUCCGAAACGAAGGAUCCGGCGCUGGGCAAUGGCAUCGCGUUCUAUCCACCAUUGGUCGAGUACAUGACGCACGUCAAGAAGUUCUGGGACAUUGAGCAGGAGAAGAGCACAUGUGUCGGCCACAACGCAGUGGAUGACCCAGAUCGAGAAGUCCGAGGCACGGCAUCUUCAGGCAUUGGAACCGUUGAUUGUGCUCGGCAUAACAUGAAGCGGCCUCUGUCUGUGGGUGAUCUGCAGAAGGGAGAAAGAUACAUCAAUAUGGACUUCAUAUUAUGGAAGGGUCUCGAGGACUACCGGCCAUUGCGGGACAUCGUCGUCUCGUAUGACAUUGCUUGCCAGUGGCACAAGAAUGUUUGGAAUCGGCUGGCACUCUACACAAAGAACCUGCAGGACGCAGGUUUUCAUCGACGCUACAAGUGGCUGAUACCCAAGUUCCAUCUUCCCGCUCAUAUCGAGGAGUGCAACGUUCUAUACUCCUUCAAUCUCACGCCACUUGUCGGUCUCACGGAUGGAGAAGCCCCGGAGCGUGGGUGGGCAAACGCAAACCCGUUGGCCACAAGCACAAAGGAAAUGGGGCCAGGAGCAAGGCGAGACACCAUCGACGACCAUUUCAACGACUGGAAUCACAAGAAGGUCCUCGGGACGGGCACCACCUUGUUGGAGAAGAUGACGCGGGGAAUCAAGGGGAUGGUGGAGUUCCAAGUGGAAUUGACAAGAUCGGAAGCUGGAAUACACGCUGAUGAUCUGUCCGCGUGGUUGGCUGAGAUGACUGCAUGGGAACUCGAUACGAAGAAACCGAACCCGUUUGCCCUACCCAAGGGGCAAGAGAGCGUCUAUGCUAUUCGAGGACGCCUGGCCGAGUCGGUUGCGAAGGAGGUUGUAGCCGGAACUGGGGCCAACAUCAGCGGGAAUCGACACAUCCUCUCAGUCAUCGUCCUAGCACUGCAGAUUGAGCAGGAGCAGCGGAAUCUUGCAGCGGACUUCACUGCACUUGGACGACAUCCCACAGACAGACAGCGAGCGGUGUUACAUGAACGAAGCAACAAGCUCCGGAGGAAGGUUGCCGGAUGGACGACAAUGAUGGAGUCAUUCUUGCCCUCGCUCGCGGGUUGGCGCGCUAUGGAAGAGCAAGAGCGUAUCUCUGCAGCUGGCACAGCCCCAGUGCCAGUGAUUCCCGUUCAUGAACUACGUCUUCACCUUCCAUCGCGCCUGCUCAAUUGCAAGGAUCCACUGAGCCAACUCGCUGCGACCGUUGUUCCCGAAUCCUUCAUGCGGUACGAGUUCGAGAUCCGUGUGGGUCAAGCAGACAAGGCUCUCGCGGAGCUUCGACGUCUCCUCCUGGUUCGCACCCACCAAUUCCGAUACAAGAACGUUAAUGCGCGGGGCAUCGCCGAAAACACCAAGUCCAACACAUCAAUCCAGAAUACAGAAGCUCGGAUUCGACGCGUAGCCGCUCAGUAUCGGGCAGCCCAUAAUGCCCUAUCAGUGCUUGGCCCUCGAUUGAAGGAGAAGAGUUGGGCUAUGCGCCUUCGUCCUCUAUUGGCCGACGACAUCCGCGGACGCCCUCGAGCCACUUAUGCCGAUCCCGAACGACGGAAGUCAAAGAAGCGCAAGCGCAAUGCCGACCUCAACGAGACGGAGCGGAACGAUAAGCGCCCUGCGUCUUGGAUCUGGAGAGUCCAGAUUGGAAAUGAGGACGAGGGUGAUGGAAUGGUGGAGUCUUUGAAGGUGGAAUGGGCAAGGGCUCGGGCGCGUGCAUGUCGUCACAUCGAGGAGGUCGAGCUUGUGGAGGAGGAGAUGCGCCGGGUUAUCGAGUUUCUGGGGUGGCAGGCGAAUUGGUGGGCCGAUCUUGCCGCAGGAGUACCGGCAUCGUCGAACAGCAUCCAGCGCGAAGGAUUGCUUUCAUAUGCUUACACGCAGUCUGUCCUUCGCGCCAAGCUCCAGGAACGUUUCGCGGAGAUGUGGAAGGACGUGCCAGAUUGGAUCGCUUUAGCGCGCCAGAAGAUCACACCUGAAUGCUUGCGGACAGUGUUAGAGGAGGCAGAAGGCGAAGGGGAAUUGGAGGAGGAUGAUCCCGUUCCUCAGUUUGCGGAGGACUCACAACGGGCUGCUGCGGCUUUGGCGGAGGGUGGUGGUGAAGGCGCAUACAAGCUUGCCCUCCCCACUAGCCUCUCUCGCCUCCACCCUGUCUUCCCCGUGGUCAAGCUCCAGUUGGCCGAAGACGACCUGUUCCCCACUCGCCCGCGUCACGAAGAACCACCCCCUGUCCUAGGACAAGGCGAAGGAGAGGAGUGGGAAGUGGAGGAGAUCCUAGACGCAAAGAUGCGAUACCGGAGUGUCUGGUUCCGAGUGCGAUGGAAGGGCUAUGACCCAUCUCAUGACCAGUGGGUCAAGCACUCAGAUGUGUUUGCUGACGACGCAGUGGCAGCAUUUUACCGCAGAUACCCUGGGAAGCCACGUGUCAUCGCAGCGGCCGUAUUUGACUCGCUGCCCUUCAGGGACUCGUCAACCCCCAACCGUGCCUUGCGUCGAGGCGCCGCAAUCAAGAGGGGGGGUGAUGUCAGGGGAACCCCUGCUUUCGUCCGAUCAUCAUGGGAUCUCGCAUGUGACCGCGCACGCGCCAUCUGUCAAGCGUCACAUGCUUCGGUCCGGACUUCCCUGCCAAGCGCGUCCACAUGA